GAACCCUCCACACACCUGUCUUCCCUCCCCUCCCUUUCCCUUCUUUACCACCUCCAUCUCUCUGAGUCUGCUCUCUCUAAGAGACACCUUGAUUCAGCUUCAGCUCUCAAAAUUAACCAUGGCCGACCGUCAGCCCAGCUCAGCUCAAACCCAGAGAGGAGCCCCAAUACCCAACUCCACAUUCCUUCGAAAACUCCAAGACCAUGCGCCAAACUCCACCCAGCUCAUCGGAUUCUUGACCCUUCUCAUCUCCGGCUCCGUCUUGCUCAUCUUCACUGGUCUCACCGUCACCAUCACUGCCCUCGGUUUCAUCUUCUUUGCCCCGCUGAUCCUUAUCUCCAGCCCCAUAUGGCUCCCCAUCUGCACCAUCCUCUUCUUCUGCAUCGCCGGGUUCUUGUCCCUGUGCGGCUUCGGCGUGGCCGUCGUCGCCGCCUUGUCGUGGAUGUACCGAUACUUCCGUGGUUUGAACCCACCCGGUUCGGACAGGUUUGACUACGCGAGGAGCCGGAUCUAUGACACGGCCAGUCAUGUCAAGGACUAUGCUAGCCAGUACGGUGGGUAUGCCAAGGAUGCGGCUCCGGGGGCCUGAGAUUCUGAGAGGACCGGGUUGAAUAUGUAGCUAGACAGGACCCGAUAGGGUCACUCUUGGGUUAACCCGGGUUUUCUCUUUUUACAUGUCUGGAAUUUUCUUUCUUCCUUUUUUUUUUUCUGUGUUGUUUUCUUAAAAAAGUGAAAUUUCUUGCUGGGCAUUUUGUUUGAA